AUGGCAAAGGAAAAGACUGCAAAACGAAGCACAGGAGCAGCCAAGAAGCUCUCUGCGUAUAAUAAGUUCAUGAAAACCGAACUCGCCAAAGUCAAAACCGAAAACCCAGAUCUAAACCACAAGGAGGCCUUUAAAAUGGUGGCCCAACGUUGGAAAGAUUCAGCCGAGAACCCUAAAAACCAGACCGAAACCCAAAAGAGCCAAGCCAAGUAA